CUCCCCGUCUCCCUCGGCGGCUCCCACUCAAUUUCAAUUUCACCACCCUCAUCCCCAUAUCAAUCUCACACAACCCCCACCCCACCCAUUACACCUGAAUCCACCCCAUCCAUGGCUGCCGAACCCAGCUCCUUCAUCGACCCACGAAGCGGCUUCUGUCCCUCUACUUCCAUCUUCCACAGCAAACGCAAACCCGUCCCCCUCCCCACCUCCCCUCACCUCGACGUCACCACCUUCAUAUCCUCCCGCAGCCACUCCGGCACCGUUGCCCUAAUCGACGCUUCAUCCGGCCGCCGCCUCUCCUUCUCCGACCUCUGGCGUUCCGUCGCCUCCCUCUCCUCCUCCCUAUCCUCUUCCCUCUCCAUCCGCAAGGGCGACGUCGUCCUCCUCCUCUCCCCCAACUCCAUCUACUUCCCCAUCGUCUCCCUCGCCGUCCUCUCCCUCGGCGCCGUCCUCACCACCACCAAUCCCCUAAACACCCCGCAAGAAAUCGCCAAGCAGAUAGCCGAUUCCCGUCCCGUCAUCGCCUUCACUAUUCGCCCUCUUCUUCCCAAACUCAUUUCCCCUUCCCUCCCCAUCGUCCUGCUGGAAGAUGAUUGGAGCUCCGACGAUGAUUCCCGAAUCGUUUUCACCAUUCGAGAUCUGAUUUCAUCCGGCCCGGAUCGGUUUCAUCGUCCCGAGCCGGUGAACCAAGACGACCCCGCUACUCUGCUAUACUCGUCUGGAACAACAGGGGCGAGCAAAGGGGUUGUUUCCACUCAUCGGAACCUGAUCUCCAUGGUUCAGAUCAUCCUCAAUCGCUUCAAGCUGGAAGGCGACGGAGCACCGGAGACCUUCAUCUGCACGGUGCCGAUGUUCCACGUGUACGGCCUGGCGGCGUUCGCCACCGGGCUGUUAGGGUCUGGAUCGACGAUAGUAAUACUCUCGAAGUUCGAAUUGGGGGAGAUGAUGCGAGCGAUUAGGGUUUACAGUGCGACCUAUUUGCCAAUCGUGCCGCCUAUUCUAAUGGCGAUGUUGAAUACGGAGAAGGCCUUGCCGGUGGGAUCGCUCCGGCGAGUGCUUUCCGGCGGUGCGCCGCUGAGCCGGGAGAUGAUCGAGGGGUUCAGGGAGAAGUAUCCGACGGUGGAGAUUUUGCAGGGGUAUGGGCUCACGGAAUCGACGGGGAUCGGAGCGUCGACGGAUUCGGCGGAGGAGAGCCGGAGGUACGGGACGGCGGGGUUGCUGUCGCCGAACACGGAGGCGAGGAUCGUCGAACCGGAGACCGGGAAAUCGUUGCCGGUGAACCGGACCGGCGAGCUUUGGCUGCGCGGACCAUAUAUCAUGAGGGCAGGCUAUUUCAAGAACCCUAAGGAAACGCGAUCAACUCUGGAUUCGGAGGGGUGGCUGAGGACUGGCGAUCUCUGCUACAUCGACGACGAUGGCUAUCUCUUCGUUGUUGAUCGCCUCAAGGAAUUGAUCAAAUAUAAGGGAUAUCAGGUACCCCCUGCCGAGUUGGAGGCGCUCCUGCUUACUCACCCGGAGAUUACGGAUGCCGCCGUGAUUCCGUUCCCGGAUAAGGAAGCGGGGCAAUACCCCAUGGCGUAUAUAGUGAGGAAGGCGGGGAGCGGGCUGUCGGAGGCGGCGGUGAUGGAGUUCGUCGGAAAGCAGGUGGCGCCGUACAAGAAAAUCCGGCGCGUGGCUUUUGUUACAGAGAUCCCGAAGAACCCCUCUGGGAAAAUUCUGCGGAAGGAUCUCAUAAAGCUUGCCACUUCCAAGCUCUAGACGGUUGUGCGGACGUUUCUUAUGUCGUGUCAGGUGUGAAAUAUGGUAGAACAUUAUGAGUGAUUUCGUGGGAAUGUAUUAAAUUUUUAAUUAAUUAAAAUUUUAGUAUCCGUUUGAUUC